GUUCUGCCGACAGCCGAAUUUUUUCUAAUCGACGUUUGGGCUUGAUAGGUGCUGUAGGACAGUGAGCUUGCCGGUCCACGUUCGAUGUCCAACUGUUGCGCCGCGAAUUGCCUUGCGCGUCAAAGAUAAUUCCCGACCCGCGGCCUGUCGCCCACCUGCAGGAGCCAUGCUGCGUCCGACUACCCUCCAGCGGGCGGCUACCCCCGCUCGGCGUCUCGUCGCCCUGCCGCUAUUGACGACAGCCUCUACCACUAGAUGUCUCACAACAUUCCGCGCUCCCACAAUAAAGACCCCCCCGAGGCUUUCUCCAGCGAUGAAGACAAAGGCACAGUCGAUGUGGGCAAUGGCCGAGCCCGCGGACCCGGCGGUCCUGGCAGCACAGCACGCCCUCGCAAAGAGGCUGAAAGAGGAGGCGCUAGCAAACUCUGUUGCCCCCGUCGCCGAAAUCGAGAAGCCGCCGUACAGGGUGUUCAGGACGGCGUCGGGCAACCUGCAGGUAUACCAGGAGAGAAAGAACCGUCUCAACACCUUCGUGACGGAGAUUAGGAAAGUUGGCGGGGACCCGAUGGCCUUGAAGACGGACCUGAUAGAGCUCUUGAAGCUCGAACCCAAGCGCGUCACAUACAAGAACGUGUCGGGGAAAGUUGUCGUCUGGGGGGCCCACAAAGAGGUGAUAUGCAAGUUCCUCGAGUCCAAAGGGUGUUGAAUUGCAAAACCUAUAAGCAUUUCACAUAUCCAACGAAUCACCUAGAGAUGAGAAAUGGCAAUAUAAGAGUGAGGACGACGACAAACGACAGCGCCACCAUUAUCUGUAUUCCAACGUGAGGGGAAUGGGGCAUUGGCUUCCCUGAACAUGAGGCGGUUCGUGUCUGUUCGUGUACGAUGCAAUAUUACGCCUUACUGUAGCAGUUUUGCCUCCAUUAAACUAAGCCCGGGCAACGACGCCACAUCUUAGGUCUUAUAUGUAAAGUAGAGAAAGAGAUGGCGUGAACUUCAGAGCCAAGUUCAGAGCCAAAAUGUAUUAUAUGCCCACUAGCAACUUUGCAAGUUGCAAACUCUCUAAUGCACGCAUAUGCUGUCCUAUACGCAAGCACGAAACAGAAUUGACCUUCCACUGUGGUCGUAACUAAACCAUCAUGGCGGUCAUCACUGCGGU